GCAGUCCGCUAGGCGAAGCACGGAGGGCCUAAAGGUCUGACGACUACGCAACGGGUUGUGGAUGAUGUCGUUGUUGCGCUGGUUAGAGAACGUCAAAAGCUGACCUGCUGUCACUCACUUGUACAGAAGAUGGCACGAUUCACCGAGUACCUGGUCAUUGGCCGCCACCUCCCCACGGAGCGCGAGCCUACCCCCAACCUCUACCGCAUGCGCAUCUUCGCGCCUAACCCCACUGUCGCCAAGUCCCGCUUCUGGUACUUCGUGCGUCAACUGAGGAAGAUGAAGAGGGCCACUGGUGAGAUUGUUGCAUGCCACGAGAUCCACGAGGCCAAGCCUCUCAAGGUCAAGAACUUUGGCAUCUGGCUGCGUUACAACUCCCGAUCCGGCACUCACAACAUGUACAAGGAGUACCGCGAAUUGUCCCGUGCCGAAGCUGUUGAGCAUAUGUAUCAAGACAUGGCCGCUCGUCACCGUGCUCGUUUUGCAUCCAUCCACAUUCUCAAGGUGUCCGAGGUGGAGAAGACGUCCGACAUCCGUCGAUCAUACAUCAAGCAGUUGGUCACUCCCAACUUGCGCUUCCCUCUGCCUCACCGCCGCCCCGUCGCUCGCAGCGUCUUCGCCGGCCAGCGACCCAGCACUUGGGCCUGAGCGGAUCUUCACGCCUGCAGCACUUGCAUUUGCUGGUUCUAGAUCCCGCUUUCGUUCAAAUUCACAGACGCAUCCAUUGACGUUCGUCACGUCAGUUGUACCCCACACGAU